UAACAACCAUCCCAAAAACUUGACAUCUUGGCAAAUUUCCAAUGCAUUUUUGUGUUGACUGAGGUGAUCUCUCCCAUACUUAAAAAUUGAAAAUACUCUCUUUUACUAUCGUUUCGUCUUGUCGUUUUUGAUAUAUUUACAAAUCUCUUUUAUUAAGCCGCGUUUUCAUUCAUUUUCAUUCGUUUUUGUUAUAUUUAUUUAUUGUAAUGCCUCCCAAGUUCUCUGGUAAACGUUCCAAUCUCCCUCCCAGGUCUUUUCAAAAUAUCUAUAAAAACCCAAAUGCCUUCGAGGGCCAGACAAACAGGUCGGCGGAUGAGAAUGGGCUGAGCGAUCCCUUGUUCUAUGUCAAUCGCAAAAAUGAAAUUGAUCGUAUUAUGGGAUUUAACUCAUACGAAGGUGGACCAUCUCGUGAAGCUUGGUUAGUGAACGUUCACCCCACUGUGAUAGAAAGCCAAAAGCGCAACUCGACACUUAGCGCUGUCGACUUUUAUUUUAUUGAAGAUGACGGUGAAACUUUCCGUGUUACCAUUCCUCAUUCUCCAUACUUCUACAUCUCAGCUCGUGAAGGAAAAACAGCGAAUGUAGAAGAAUACAUAAAAAAAAAUUUUGCUGGUCUUGUGAAAUCUACUUCACGAGAAUUCAAAGAAGAUUUGAAACUCAAAAAUCACAUAGUUGGUUACAAAAAAUUGUACAUAAAAUUAACGUUCGACAACUUAACAGAUCUUCAGUCGGUCCGACGCACCCUUAUGUCCGCAGUAAAGUCAAACAACGCGAAGGAAGAAGCUUUUAAUACCUAUGCAUCUCUUAAUGAUUCCAAUGAUUUGGCUUUAGACACUUCCUAUGAUGAUCCUAUGGACCAUAUAAUGGAUCUCCGCGAAUUUGACGUGCCGUAUCAUGCUAGAACACUGAUAGAUCUCAACAUCCGUGUUGGUAUGUGGUAUACUGUGUCUUUUCGUGAGGGAGAGCCACAAAUAGUUCCUCUUCCGACUCGUAUUGAGCGUGCAGAACCUACUAUUAUGGCUUUUGAUAUUGAAACUACUAAGCUACCUUUGAAAUUCCCAGACAGCUCAUUUGAUAAAAUUAUGAUGAUUUCGUACAUGGUAGAUGGUCAAGGGUUUUUGAUUACCAAUCGUGAAAUUGUCGGCGAAGAUAUCGAAGAUUUUCACUAUACUCCUAAGCCCGAAUUUGAAGGACCUUUUAUUAUCUUUAACGAGCAAGAUGAGCUAAGUUUGUUGCAUCGCUUUUUCAAGCAUGUAAGAUCUGCCAGGCCCACCAUUAUAGUUACCUAUAACGGUGACUUUUUUGAUUGGCCUUUUGUUGAUGCUCGUACUACCUUUCAUGGCUUGAAUUUAGCAGAAGAAAUUGGUUUUAGCAGAGAUGCUGAGGACGAAUAUAAAUCAUCCUAUUGUACUCACAUGGACGCUUUUCGUUGGGUAAAAAGAGACAGUUAUUUACCUCAGGGUAGUCAAGGCUUAAAGGCAGUUACAGUAGCCAAGUUAGGUUAUAACCCUAUGGAAUUAGAUCCUGAAUUGAUGACUAUAUAUGCUAGCGAAAAAGCUCAGACGUUAGCGCAAUACUCAGUUUCAGAUGCUGUCGCUACUUAUUAUCUCUAUAUGAAGUACGUUCAUCCCUUCAUUUUUUCCCUUUGUAAUAUUAUUCCUCUUAAUCCUGACGAGGUUUUGCGAAAAGGUACUGGUACCCUUUGUGAGACAUUGCUCACAGUAGAGGCAUCUGCAAAUAAUAUUAUUUUACCCAACAAACACGUGGAGGCACCCCAGAAAUUUUAUGAUGGGCAUAUGCUUACAAGUGAAACAUACGUUGGUGGUCACGUUGAAAGUUUAGAAUGUGGUGUCUUUCGUAGUGAUAUUCCUACUGCGUUUGAUAUGGAUCCUGCUGUCUAUCAAGAUUUGGUUACUCAAUUAGACAAAGCAUUACAAUUCUCAAUCGUUACAGAAAACAAGAUUGAUAUGGAUGAUAUAGAAAACUACGAGGAGGUAAAGUCUCAGAUUGAAGCGAAGUUAUCCGACUUACGGGAUAAACCUAAAAGAUCAGAGAAACCUAAAAUCUAUCAUCUUGAUGUUGCGUCUAUGUAUCCUAAUAUUAUGAUCACAAAUCGGUUACAACCUGAUUCCGUGAAGGAUGAAUCUUUUUGUGCUACAUGUGAUUUUAAUGUACCUGAUAAAACUUGCGACCGUCGUAUGGUGUGGUCAUGGAGAGGUGAAUUCCACCCUCCUAAAAAGAAUGAAUACCAGAUGAUUGUUUCUGCCAUGCAGACUGAAAGAUUCCCAAGUUUAACACCUUUUGGUCCUUCGAGAUCAUUUGACGAACUUUCACCCACGGAAAGAGCGGAAAAGAUUCAAAAGCGUGUAGCCGAUUAUAGCCGGAAAGUGUAUCACCGAUUAUAUGACAACGAAGUUAUUGAACGCGAAACAAUUAUUUGCCAAAAGGAAAAUUCGUUUUACAUUGAUACAGUAAAAGCUUUCAGAGAUCGUCGUUAUGAUUUUAAAGGCUUACAAAAAAAGUGGAGUAAAAUUCUUUCCGCUAGAUCAAGUUCUGGUAGCCUUGGUGAGUUGGAGGAAGCCAAGAAAAUGGUGAUUUUGUAUGACUCCCUUCAACUUGCUCAUAAAGUUAUUUUGAAUUCUUUCUACGGUUAUGUAAUGAGAAAGGGUUCUCGUUGGUAUUCAAUUGAAAUGGCGGGUAUUACCUGCUUGACAGGUGCUUCUAUUAUUCAAAUGGCGCGUCAAAUUGUUGAGCGUGCGGGACGUCCUUUAGAAUUAGAUACCGAUGGAAUUUGGUGCAUUUUACCAGAAUCAUUUCCGGAGAACUAUGAGUUUAAAAGGAAAUCUGGUGGAAAGGUAUUUAUCUCUUAUCCUUGUGUUAUGUUGAAUCACUUGGUCCAUGAAAAAUUUACUAAUCACCAAUACUCCUUGCUCAAAAACCCUGAUACCUUGGAGUACGAAACAACAAGUGAAAAUAGUAUUUUCUUUGAAGUUGAUGGACCUUAUCGGGCUAUGAUUUUACCAGCUUCCAAGGAAGAAGGUAAAACUUUAAAGAAGCGUUACGCUGUUUUCAAUUUUGACGGCAGUCUAGCUGAACUUAAGGGGUUUGAAGUUAAGAGACGAGGCGAACUAAAACUCAUCAAAGAUUUUCAGUCACAAAUCUUCAAGAUUUUUUUGAAAGGAAAUACUCUUGAGGAAUGCUAUAAAGAAGUCGCAUUGGUUGCGGAUACAUGGCUCGAAGUACUUUUCACAAAAGGAAAGAAUGUAACUGAUGAUGAACUAUUUGAACUUAUUUCCGAAAAUCGAAGUAUGUCAAAGUCUCUUGCAGAAUACGGAUCGCAGAAGUCCACCUCCAUUACUACCGCUAAGCGUUUAGCGGACUUUUUGGGUGAUCAAAUGGUAAAAGACAAGGGUCUUGCUUGUAAGUUUAUUAUCUCUUCAAGUCCCAAAGGAAGCCCUGUUGCGGAGCGAGCCAUCCCUGUGGCUAUCUUCUCAACUGAAGAAUCUGUCAAAAGACAUUUUUUGCAGUUAUGGUUGAAAGACAAUAGCCUUUAUAAUAUUGAUAUUCGAGAUGUCUUAGACUGGAACUAUUAUAUUGAACGCCUAGGAUCGGUGGUACAGAAGUUAAUUAGUAUUCCGGCAGCUUUACAAAGGAUCGCCAAUCCCGUACCUAGAAUCCCAUUGCCUGAUUGGUUACAUAAACGACUUGCUUCAUUAAAUUCCGGUUAUAAACAAAAAAAGAUUGACUCAAUAUUCAGUGCUGCUCCUGCACCUCCUACCGCUCAGCUUAACGAUAUUGAAGAUUUUGGGUCUCAAGGUAAGAAUCCGACUCCAACUAUCGCUCGGGUAUCCAAAAGAAAAACAACUCAACCAUCUGGUAACGAUACCCAGGUCUCUUUCAACGAAAAGCCUGUGUCAAUUGUUGAAGGGUAUAGUGCAUGGUUAAAAUACCUCAAGAAAAAAUGGAAAUACCAAAAACAAGUUCGUAUUCGAAGACGCCAUCUUGUUGGAUUCCAAUCCAGACAGUUUACGAACGUAUUUAAGUCAUCCGCUGAAAAUAUGUACCAAAACUUAUGGCAUAUAGUACAAAUAAGGAAUACUGACAGUCCUGGUGUUUUGCAUGCGUGGGUCAUUAUAAACAAUAGGUUGACUUCGGUUCGUUUUAAUCUUCAGAGAAAAUUUUAUAUUUGCUUCAAAGACAACAAUUUACCAAACGUUGAAAUUGACGAUUGUAAGAUUGAAAAGAGCAAUGCCGUUCUUCCCCAUGGAAAUGUUUCUGAUAAGUUAUUCAGUUUGGAGAUACCUGAGAAGACAUACCUGAAUGAGAAAAAUGCUAUAUCAAUGAUUUUUGCUCAUCCAUCAGUAGAAGGUAUCUACGAAACGAAGAUAAAGCCUAUUGAGCGUGGAAUUUUGCAAAUUGGGUGCCAUAGAAGAUUCAACAAUACACUCUCUGGAGCCUUAGGUAAAGCAUUCGAAACUGGUUUUGAACCUGAAAUGUUUGUGCAACCUUAUGAAAGUGAUGUCAGUUACCUUGAGGAUGUUGAUUUGAACUACAUAUACGCGUUUCAUUGUUCAUGGAACCAACGCUUUAUCUUAUGUCUAUUUCUCCCUCAUUUAGCCAAAGCUGAAGUGGUCGUAUACGACGGUCUUUCUGAGGAUACCUCCUUUCCUCAAUUGGAAGAUCUGUAUCAUGAGAUGAGGCAUAAAUACUCUGAUGUAUUAAAGGUCUCAGCUAUAGAGUAUCCUGAGGAUAUAAAGUUUUCGAUUUCAUAUAGCAAAAACGAAAAGAAAGCAUAUAAGCUAAUUAACGAAAGAAUACUGCAGUAUCUGGCUGCAAAAACCAAAAAUAGCUUGCUAGUAAUUGAAACUACCUCUCCGGAAAAGCUUGAAGAAAAUCUUAAGCAGUUAGAAGAAUUACCUUAUACAUUACUUACUCGUCGUGAAACAAUGGUCCAGUCUCUUUCCUGGAAGCAAUACGUGUCCAAGAAAAUGAUCCAACAUUUUCUAGCCGUGGGUGCUUGGAUAAAUCACCGUAUCCAGCUUUCAAGAUACGGGGAUAUCCCUUUUUGUAAUUUUGAAAGCGAUGAACUUCAGUAUGUCAUUGAUUUGCAAUACGCAAGGAAACUUAAGGAACAAAAUAUAAUUUUAUGGUGGAACAAGGGUCCGAUGCCAGAUCUGGGUGGUUUAGAAAAGGAUGAUGUACUUCACGUUGCGAGUCCAAAUGAUUCACUUGAGAUUAAUCGAUCGGGUGCCUAUUCCAGUGCUUGUGUGGAUGUAUCUUUUUCGAAUUUAGCUGUUUGCAGUGUCCUUAACUCAGCCUUGAUUAAUGAGAUAGAAGGUGCAAACGAUUUGGCUGCCUUGAAUGAUGGCUUUACUGCGAACGUAACAGAUGAUUUAGAAGCUCGAUUGGGAAUGUAUGAUACAGUAGGCUUAGCCCAUUCCCUUCCUGUACUAAAAGAGCUCAUAAAACGUUGGUGGCAGGAAGCAGCAGGCGGAAACACGCUAGCUGACUUAAUGAUUCAACAUUUGGCAAGAUGGAUAAAUUCUUCAAAGUCAUAUUUAUAUAGCCCGCUGUUGGUAAGCCAUAUACAAGUUGUCAUGAAAAAGACAUUUUUACAGUUGCUUGCCGAAAUUAAAAGACUUGGAGCCCAAAUUGUAUACGCAACGACUAAUCGAAUCAUCAUAGGAACAUCCAAAACCACAGUUCAGAACGCUAUCUCUUACACGAAAUAUAUUCUAAAAUCGCUGAAAACACUUCCCUUAUUUCACUUUUUGGAUUUAAAUAUUCAAGAAUAUUGGGAUUACUUGUUAUGGAUGGAUCCGGUAAAUUACGGUGGAAAAAUGAUUUUACCAGAAAUCUUGGCGAUUAGUCCGUUGAAAGAACCAGAAACUGUUGUAUCGUGGCAUAUCAAAAGCCAUCUACCUCCGAUUGUUCAACCCGAGUUUCAGAAUUGGGUAGUUGAAUUUAUUGAGGAAAUAUACAAACAAAAAUAUUUAACCCAAAAUGGAAAGGGUGUUAAUAUGCGUGUCCGCGAUAAUGUUUCCGAAGCUGAAGCCGAAUUCCAAAGCUUGGGUGCUGGAAUUCUUAGUAAAAAGAUGAUGCCCCCAUUGAAAAGACAAAUCACUGCGUUACAAAGAAGAUUCCAGGAGUUUGGGCUACAUGACGAAGUCGUAGAAAACUUACAAUUUCCGAAACUCCCAGGUUCUUUCAAAAAAUUUUCAAAUGUCCCGCUAGAAUUUAUAAAAACACUGUGCGCUGUCUAUGGAUUAGUUGAAAACCUAAGCCUUGAAAAUCAAUUAUUAAAGAAAAAUCUGUUGUCUGUACUGCAAGUACGCGAAUUUUCUACCAUUGCUCUCUUUGAGUAUCCGAGUCAAAAGCUUAGAUUGGAACAAAUUUCUUGUCGACAAUGCGGUAUGGGUCAUGAUUUUGAUCUUUGUCUUCACGAGCAGUUAUGGCCAGAACGUAAUGAGUCUGGAAAUUUAAGUUUCCUAACAGGCUGGACAUGUCAAGGAUGUAAUUCACCUUUUGAUCGAUGGGUAUUUGAGGAAACUCUCAUUGACAAUAUUCAACAUCAGCUCGUCCUAUACCAAGUGCAAGAUUUGACUUGUUCAAAAUGUAAACGUGUCAAGGAGUGGGGCCUCAAGGCUCGUUGUGCAUGCGGUGGAGAAUGGGCGUUGGGAUUAUCACCCGUGAAAUUCCGUGAAACACUGAGGGUUUAUCAGUCUGUCGCUGAUUUUUAUGAAUUUACGAUUCUAAAAGCAACUGCAGAAUCGAUAGCUGGCAUGUUGUAGUGAUAGUUUAUAGCGCUGUACUUUGAAUCUGGUUUGAGCAACACAGCAAUAAUAAUAAAUGCAAGCGCAGGUCGCUUUAUGUAAUCCUUCUUGAAUCUUUAAUUUUUAU